CGUCUAAGAACGAGCAUAUCUCUUGUAUUUUUUUUAUAUUUCAUCGCUUUUCAAGAUUUGGUAAAGAAAGAUGAUUACAAUGUUCAAACAAUGGAUCCAAGAAUAACUUUUUCCUAUCAAUAAGAUAGGGGUUUAAUCGACAACUGAAGUGAAUGGAAUGAAAAGACAUCCCUGGAGUGUUUACCAGUUCGAGUCGAUCCGUUCAUUCAAGCAAAUGAGUUUCAACGGUUCAUUUUUACCGCUAAAAUCACCAAUGGCUACAUCGAAGAUUGUACUGUCAAUCAUUCUGCUGCUAUGGCGAUACGUCAAUGCAGAUGUUUGCGAUGGCUUUUUCAAGAUGCCGAAUUCCAUGCUGAAGGGUCAUGUGAUUGAGACAAUAACAGCAACCGAGAAAGACUGUCGAGCGAUAUGCAGGCGCAACAGCGCUUGUAACUCGAUCAACUACAUCCGUAAAACGUCGCAAUGUGAGUUGAAUAGCGAUACCCAUUUUGCGUUCCCUGAACAUUUCAUUCCUGGCAGAGCACCUGACGCGUACUACGCUAUUGUGAAACCAGUGACCAAGUGCAGUAACAUGUUCUGUAGCAGUGGUAUGACGUGCAAGAUGCGAGAAGGCGGAAAGACAUACAAGUGUGAAGAUUUGAAUGAGUGCGAGACCUCAGAUCCUUGCCAUGUGAACGCCACGUGCACAAACACCGUGGGCUCAUACGAAUGCUUGUGCAAGCCCGGUUUCAAUGGGGACGGUUUCACCUGUAGCGGUAAAGUGUUUUUAAACUCGUCCUCCAUUCUGAUGAACGCCUCAAGCUUAACACUGAACUACACGAGAGACCUGCACACCUUUCUCGCUCCCGUCCUGAGCUCUCCCACGAGCUCCUGGCGGCGCUGCUGGCAUGCGUCGUCAGAUGGAUGGGCGGCGAGUAAAUUUCGCUUCCUCUGCGAAGACAAAGGCCCUACCGUCACGAUCGUCGAGGUUGGCCAAUAUGUGUUCGGUGGCUACGCCGAUAAGCCAUGGACUGGGUGUAACUGUAGGGUCUCGUCGAGCAAGGCGUUCCUCUUUACUCUUUAUAAUACACAAGGCUACAAGCCCGAUAAAAUGCUCCUGAAGUCCACCCCAGAUACAAGUGCCAUCGGAGACUUUUCUUCGGCUGGCCCGGACUUUGGCCGUGGAAGCGACCUGGUCAUCGCCAAUAAUGCCAACAGCAACAGAUUAUCUUACACAUUCCCACAUUCCUACCAUCUCCCUAGCGGCUGCACGCUCAAUACCUGCCUGGCUGGGUCUGGGUCUCUAUACUUUACCCCGAGUGAUGUAGAAGUAUUCUACGAAGUGCCGUGAGUGGGGUAAAAUUAAAUGCUUUUUAGAACUAGUUUAAGGUUUCCAUAGUGAUCGAAUAUUCGACGAUCCGUCGUUUGCUAAUAAGAAUAAGUAGUUUAAGGUUUCCAUAGUGAUCGGAUAUUCGACGAUCCGUCGUUUGCUAACAAGAAUAACUAGUUUAAGGUUUCCAUAGUGACAGGAUGUACGAAGAUCCGUCAUAUACAAAUUCAAUUCGACAAAUCAAGUUGUAAAUGUUGAUGUAGAUAAUCGUAGAUCCAUCAUUAUAAUACCGAUAAAGUGAAUAGACCUAGAAAGACCGAAGAUCCAACAACAUAACUCUGAUUAAAUCAAUCGUUUAAAAGUUAUUAUAAUCUCUCGUAUGCUGGUAGACAAUAAGUCUGCCUUGUCGAGUGUGAUAUACAAAAAUCAAUGAUAUACCGAUAACCAAUCAAAGAUGUACCGAUAUAGACAACAAGUUUUAAUAGGUGAUAUAAUGUACCAAGAUCAAUGGUAUACUGGUAGAAAACAAGUUUUUGUAGUGAUCUGAUGUACCAAGAUCAUAGACAACAAGUUUUUUUUAGUGAUCUGAUGUGAAUGUUAAACGAUAUACCGACCGAUCAAUGAUAUACCGAUAGAUCAAUGUAAACCAAAAGACAAGUUUUUGUAGUGAUCUGAUAUACAAAUAUCAAUGAUAAACCAAUAGACAACAGGUUUUUCUAGGUGAUCUGAUGUAGAAAGAUUAAUGAUAUACCGAUAGACAACAAGUUUUAAUUAGUUAUCUGAUGUACAAAGAUUAAUGAUAUACUGAUAGACAACAAGUUUUUGUAGUGAUCUGAUGUACAAAGAUUAAUGAUAUACCGAUAGACAACAAGUUUUUUAGUGAUCUGAUGUGCAAAGAUCGAUGAUAUACCAAAAGACAACCAGGUUUUUUUAGUGAUCUCAUGUGCAAAGAUUUAUGUAUACCGCCUCUAUCAAAUGACUGCGGAGCCCACAAGUGAUACCAUGAACAGUUCUUGUCGAGUAUCUCCCGCCCUUUCCGUUGACAACCUUCCAUGACUUACUGAGCCAGUAGUUUAGUGUCCGGGGUCCAUGCUGGUUAUAUCUGUCGUCAGUCAGCUGACUUUGUGAAGAUUUGGCCAAUCUUUAGACAUUCCACCGGGAUCUAUCAAGGGCACUUUCUAAUGGCUUUCUAAUAAGAUGCCACUCAUGAAAAAAAAAAAAAAAGGCCACUGGCUUUUGCACAUUAAAGACUUUGGGAUGCUAGCUUCAACCAAUUUUUAAAUGUACUUAAAAAGUAAUGUAAUUUCAAAAUGUAUUUAUUGUGUUUCCCUUGAGGAAAAGCAGGUUCUGAUUGGACACAAACUUUGGACUGUGGAUCACAUAUUCUUUUUUGACAACAUAACUUUGCAAUUACUUCUCGGCAUUGUUUGCUCAAUAGUUUGAAAAGCAGUUUUGCGUUCCGCUUAAACCGCCUUUUACAAUUAGGGCAAAAUAGCAAUGAGUGUGUUCAGAUUUCCACUGGACUCUUUUCAAAUGUCAUUUGUUGUUGCUUCUCUUUCUGGUUGGCUUAGCCUGUUUAUCAAUCGGCCGCAGACGGCCUCGUGAUUUCAUCUUUUUUGGUGUUGGAAUCCCUAAUGAAACCCUCGCACUCGUUUUUCAUAUAUUACCUGAUAUAAAAAAAAAUAAUUCAAUGAUAUACCAAAAAGGAACCAGGUUUUGUAGUGAUCUCAUGUACAAAGAUCAAUGAUGAACCAAAAGACAACGAGUUUUUAUAGGUGAUCUGAUGUACAAAGAUCAAUGAUAUACCGAUAGACAACAAGUUUUUGUUGCGAUUUCAUGUAAUAAGAUUAAUGAUAAACCAAAAGAAAACAAGUUUUUGUGUCGAUCUGAUGUACAAAGAUAAACGAUAACCGAAAGAAAAAACAAGUUUUUGUUUGUGAAGAUACAUCAAACAAGGCAUUCAUAUGAACAUUCAACAGAACACAUUCUAUCUAUUGGAUUUUGUAGUUUGAACGAAAAAUUGAUUUCAUGCAUGAUGGAUUGAAUUUUCAAAUGAUCUUAGAUGCUUUCUUGCGCUACUUACAUUUAGUUCUCACUUGCAAAUUAUGGUGGCCAUAUUAAUUGAGUUGAAAACACACAGAGAGCUGAGGAGUUUUGUGGCCAGGUCAGGUGGUAACACAGACUUUGAAUUGGAAAAUAAUAUCAUAACAAUCGUAAAGUCCCUCUAGGAAUUUGCUUGCACUAUUUAUAGAGUACUGCAGUUCUAUAAAUAGGGAUAUAAAAAAAGGGAUAUUAAUUUCUGUAGAUUCAAAUAGAUUCAGUUUUUAGUUGUUUCUAGUAGUUUUAGUUUCUGUAGUUGUCGUUUCUAGUGGUUUUUGUUUCACACAAAUUAAGGGACCGUUCAAGGGGCAGGGGCAGGUUAACCAAAGGAAGGGGUGGGGAGUUUUAAAAGGUAAGUAUGCAAAGCCAUGCCUCUCAAUUAGAUGUAAUUUCAAUAAGGGGGCUUGGAAGUUUUGUGACUCUGUAAACUCAGAUUUCAACUAGAGGGAUCUGAGAAAUUUCACCCCUGUUUAAAUAAUGAACGGUCCCUUAGUUUAACUAAAAAUAUCCGAUAUAUUACUCGUAUCAAACGACAUAUCAAAACGAAAAUAAUAAUUGUAAGGUCGUGUUAGCUUAUAUUCGCUUGGUUUCUUGCAUAAAAAAUAUUGUGUAAAUUGUAAGACUCUUGAUUUGUCUGAAAUUGCCCAAUUUAGGCAAAAUUGAUCUAUGGAAACUUUCUCAAUUACAUACCAAGAACGGAUCAUGUUCCAAAAAAAACUCAUUUUGUUUUAUAUUAUGCAAGGAACCUCUAGGCAAAAUAUAAAUUAAAUGUAAGCUAACACAACCUUACAAUUUUAAUUUUGCCAUUUUUUUUGCUCCUGUAUAUAAGCACUUACUGUGUUGGUUCGGUAUGGCUUCAACUUUUCAUUUUGCUUUCUGUCUUGAAAUCGUCCUAGUACUGUUUCGCAGUAAUCCGCGUACCAAAAAGAACUCUUUUUUACCAAAUAAGAAACUAGUUUAAAAUUAAAGGCUGGCGUUAGGGAUAUAUCACACUGAAAGGUUUUUAUACGUGGAAUUUUUACUCGGGAUUAUACUUUUAACAGCUCCACUAAGCUAUAUAUUCAUUUCAUUUUACGGUAUCCGAGAACUAGCCGUAGCAGGGCAACGUAAGAUUGGGGGGGGGGGGGGGG